GCAGCGUGGCCUGGGGGACAGCGGGGGGGGAAGUGUUGGGGUCCCUCAGACUCCGGGGACCCUCCCGGGGAGCCCCGAGAAGCCGUGCAGGGUCACGGCAGGCUCUGGCACUGGCCUGGCCGGUGGGACAGGAAGGGCCGGUGGCACCUGCGGUGUCACCUGCCCGCGGCCAGGGCCAGCUCAGGCCACCCGAAUUCGGGGCACGCGGGCGGCGCUGCGGGACCGGAGCGGCAUUUCCUGUGCCUCACACCUGCCCCGACCCCCUCCGCCCCACACCUGCCCCGCGGCGGCCCCAUCUCCGUGGCAGGUGCUCACGUUCCCCGGCAGGUGAUGGCGGAGCAGGGAGAGGAGGACCGGGAGUACCGGGAAUACCGCCGGCUGGAGGAUUGUGAGGAGGACUCGCCGCCCGGCGAGGAGGAGGAGGAGCAGCUGCUGCUGCACGUCACUGAAGGACCGACAGACUCGUGGCACCACAUUAAGGACCUGGACAGUUUCUUCACCAAGAUCUACCAGUUCCACCAGAGGAAUGGCUUUGCCUGCGUCCUGCUCUCGGACGUCCUCGAGCUGGUGCAGUUCCUGUUCGUCGUCACCUUCAGCACGUUCCUGCUGUGCUGUGUCGAUUACGAUGUCCUGUUCGCCACCCGCCCCCUCAACCACAGCCACGUCCCCGAGCGCGCCAAGGUGACGCUGCCCGACGCCGUGCUGCCCGCCCCGCAGUGCGCCCACAGGUGGGCAGGGGGACACCGGGGGACACUGCAGGAGCUGUGCAGGGCUCUCGCUGCUGCGGGUGACGCGAGGGGUCCCAGCGGUGUGGGUGACACGCGUGUCCCCAAAGGGUCGGUGGCGGUGGGCGGCUACCGCUGCUGCUGCCUUUGUGGCCACACAGAGGGCCCGGUGCCACCAGCGUGGCUCUGUGGGGGCCAGGGCACCGCUGGUGUGGCUGCCCGGGGUCCUGGUGCUGUGGGACACGUGUGUCCCCAGCAGUCUCUGAGACAGCAGAUGGCCACGAGGCGCUUGGUGGCACUGGUGACGCCUGUGUUUCUGCAGGCCUUGUGGCAGCGGGUGGCAGCUGUCUGUGGAGGGUUUGUUGGCACUGCUGACACUUGUGUCCCCACAGGCUCCAUGUCAGCAGGUGGCUUCUGGUUCUGCUGGCACUGGGUGGCCAACCUGGCGCUGUGUCCCUGCGUGCUGGGCUGGCGCCUGCUCCUCGCCUUCUUCAGCUACGCCGAGGGGCUGAAGCGGGCUCCGGGCAGCCUGGGCGCUCGCCGCUGGUCGCUCUACGCCCGCCACUACCUGCGCCACUUCAACGAGCUGGGCCACGAGCUGCGGGCGCGGCUCGGCCGCGGCCACGCGCCGGCCACCAGGUACAUGGACUCGUUCAGCAGCCCGCUGCUGGCCGUGCUGGCUCGCCACGUCGGCUUCUUCGCCGGCUCCGUGCUGGCCGUGCUCAUCGUGCUCACCGUGUACGACGAGGACGUGCUGACGGUGCAGCACAUCCUGACGGCCAUCACGCUGCUGGGGCUCGUGGUCACGGUGGCCAGGUCCUUCAUCCCGGACGAGCACGCGGUGUGGUGCCCGGAGCAGCUGCUGCAGCGCGUCCUGGCUCACGUUCAUUACCUGCCCGAGCACUGGCAGGGCCGCGCCGGCCGCGCCGAGACACGAGCAGAGAUGGCGCAGCUCUUCCAGUACAAGGCUGUUUUCAUCCUGGAGGAGCUGCUGAGCCCCCUCGUGACACCCCUCAUCCUCAUCUUCGCCUUUCCCCCCCGCGCCCUCGACAUCGUGGACUUCUUCCGCAACUUCACGGUGGAGGUGGCGGGGGUGGGCGACAUCUGCUCCUUCGCGCAGCUGGACGUGCGCCACCACGGCAACCCCCAGUGGCUGUCGGAGGGACACACGGAGGCGCCCCCGGAGCGUCAGGCGGAGCACGGGAAGACGGAGCUGUCGCUGAUGCGCUUCGCCCUGAGCAAUCCCCGCUGGCGGCCGCCGCCGCCCGCCCGCCGCUUCCUCGGCCACCUCCAGGCGCAGGUGACCCGGGACGCGGCCGCCGCGCCCCCCCCGCGGCCCCUGCUAGCCGAGGGACCGCUGGCCGCGUCCCUUCUGUCCGAGGACUCGGCCCUGGCGCCCGAGGGGCUGGUGGCCAGCGUGUUGGCGGCCAGCGGGCUGCUGGCCCGGGAGCCGCGCUUUGGGCAGCCCUGCAGCACGGCCAGCGCCACCGCCAGCCUGCUGGCAUCCCUGCGGAACCCCCUGGGGACCCCGCCCUGCAGAGCCCCCGACAGCCCCGGGGAGCAGCACAGCCCCGAGGACAGGCCGGCGCUGAGUGAGUCGCGGCUGCGCAGCCUGAGCCGCUCGGCGCUGCUGGCCGAGGUGGCCUCGGCCGAGAUGAGCCUUCACGCCAUCUACCUGCACCAGCUCCACCAGCAGCAGCAGCAGCCGCAGGGCCCCGGCCCCCAGCCCGCCGGGGCACCCAAACACCCCUUCGUGACCACAGGCUCGGCUGCCCGGGCCUCGCAGCUGCGGGAGAUGCCGCUGGGCGGGUGGGCCGAGGAGGAAGAGGAGGAGGAAGAGGAGACGAUGACGUAGCCGGACCCAGCUCUGGGUCCUGGUUGUGCCGAGACCCCCCCGGAGGUGCCGGGGGAGCCGCCAGGGGCACAGUGGGGGGCUCGCCGUGCCCACUAUGCUGCCAGGGCCAGGGGGGUCCUGUCGGUGGGAGCCCCCCCUCGGGGCGUCCCUCGUGCCCCCACUGCGGUGCAGGGCCAGGGGUGCUGCCAGGGCCCCGCCCGGGGCUGCUUUUGGGGGGGCGCGGGGCUGGUGCCCCCCGUGGUGACCCGAACAGCAGCUGAAAUAAAGGUUUACAGAGGGGCUGUG